AUGGCUAGAGACUAUAGGGGGAAUUACCAACAUUCAACCAGAUACACUACAACACCUAGGACAUCAGGCAUGAGAAACAAUCGGGCUCACGAAAGCUACCAUACUCAGAUACACAAUCAGUCACCAAUAUGGAGAGAAAGACAUGUUUCCUUUAAUGAUACAUACAGUUCACCUAGAAGAGGCAGAAAGCCACGGGAAUACAUGACUAGGCCUAAACCUCGCAACCACUAUGGUUCACAUACACAAUCAUCAGGAGAUACUGAACACCACAGGCCCUCUAGGAGGGAAGAGAGAUACACUCCCACGCAACGAAGCAAUACAACAUCUACUUCAAACUAUAGCAUCCCCACGCACAAUAGAUUUACACAUUUGUCACAAUUAUCAAGAGGGGAGGAUUUUUGGGAUACACAAAUCAAAGGGAAACACAAAUCCAGUCCCGUAAAAUUACGAUCACUUCACAAGAGGGAAAGGAGUUUAGAAGAAGGGGAGUCAGAGGAGGAUUACCUACACAAAAAAGGAAGAAGAUAA